AUGAGAACUAUUUACCAAGAUAAGCAGCCUUGCCUCACUAUAAACAAUUUUGAAUUUCCUAAUUUGCCUACUGAUUUAUGUUCCAAGCCACUUUGAGAGCUAUGGCCUGGCAAAAAUCGAUUUUUUUGCAAAGGCAAAAUCAUGAUAGGUCCUUCGAAGGAUAAUUUUCACCUGAUAUUUUCGGCAUUAAUCUUGAUAGUGAUACCUAUAAGUUUUUUCCUAUUCAUAGCAGAUUACCUUUGGUGCAAUGUAACUAUCGCAUUACCCCUCCUGUCAGCUAUAUUUUAUAUUGCCAGCAUAGUUUUCUAUCUAUUGACCUCACUAUCAGACCCUGGGAUUAUUCCAAGAAAAAAAGUCUUUCAAGCUUUAGGAGAUGUUCCAAAGGAAUUUACAGCAGAAGUAUUUUUUACUGAAUUUGGCCAUUUACAUAAAUUCUGCACAACUUGCGAAAUAUAUCGCCCGCCAAGAGCCCAUCAUUGUGCAAGAUGCGAUAACUGUGUGGAGGAUUUUGACCAUCAUUGCCCUUAUGUAAAUAAUUGCAUUGGUUUGCGAAAUUAUGUCUAUUUUGUGUUAUUUGUGCUGAACUUACUUUUCUUAGGAUUGAUCGAUAUGUCAGGAUUCAUGAUAUUUUUGUUUUAUAAAGCUGGAGAUAAUGAUUAUAAUAAAAGAUCAUGUAAGAAUUAAACAGUUAUCGAGCAGAAAGAAGUCAUUGCAGCCAUCAUAGCCAUCUUGACAGUCGCUUCGCUAGUAUUCACAAUUUUGGUCACAAUUUUAUGCUUGUUUCAUUUUUCUCUUUGCAUUUCAGGAGAAACCACAGUUGAGAGACUUAAGGGCAGAGUCUCUCAAAAAAGAUGUGCCUUUUGUAAGUAUCAUAAAAGCUGAUUUGAUAGAAGAGCCAAGCUGAAAUAUGAACAAAUUAAGAUUCUCACCACAAAUUCAGCUCAGUUUGAGAUUGAGUUGAAUGAUAGUGGCCAUACACCUGGAGAAAUAAAUUAA